AUGAUAGGUCAUCCUCUGUAUAAUAUUUGUGCUAUCAGAUUAUCUAGCAAACUCUCAUAAUACUUUAUUGCAAUCAGCUCUAGUGAAGUUAAAGUGGCAAAAAUAAAAGUAUCUUACCAUAAUUAUCUUAAAACAGAGUUUUGGAAUAAGUAUUAUGACAUUGAGUUACAAAAUGAUCUUAAUUAGAUAGAGGUCAAUUAUAUGAUUGAAUAAAAUGCUCUCAAUUAAAAAAUAAAGGAGGAGUUAUGUAAAUAGUAGCUGAUAAAUUCACCUCAUAAAAUGGAUAAAUCUUAAUACCUAAUUGCCAGAAGCAGCUCUAUCUUAGAUAUAAUCACCAGAGGGAGCGGAAUUUAUUGCUUAUUCUUAAAUUAAUUUGCUUUCAAAUCAGGAAUAAGAAGGAUCAAUAAGUAUACAUUCAUAAAGCAGUAAUUUAACAUUGAUGUUAUAAUAUUUUAAUUUCACAGAAGUUCAUAAUCAGUAAGCCCCUGCGAUCAUAUCUUUUGA